AUGAGUUAUAGAGACACUGGGAUGGAUAAGAAAGGUACAGGGACGAUGUCGAAGAGGUCGCCCUCUAUCCUGGUGACAGAUGCCAGGACCAGCAAGAACAGGCGAAGUGCGCCGUUUGCUGGGCAUGCCGCUGGUGUGCGGAGUGCGUCUUCCUCUACUGGUAGUGGGAGUAGCGCCUCUGCUGAGCGUGGUGCUGAGUUGAUGAAAUAUGUUAAUGGUAACCUGCGUGGGAGCCGUGGCCAGUAUGCAGCCACUGGUGGGCGCAGCAGUAGUAACCACGGUACCGGUGACCUCAGUAAUAGAGGUACUAGUUCUCCUCCGAGACGCAGGGCGUCUGGUAGGUUCAGUGAAAUAUCCAUAGAUAAUAUACUAUCAGACCGCUCUGAUGUGCCGUCUGGUAGAAGAGAAGAAAGAGGCUCUAAUUCUAGCUUUGAUAGGAGUAUGAUAUAUGACCGUUUGCACCCACAACCGAUAAGGAAAAUGAUUAACACAUUGCCUAUAAGAACGUCGAAAACGUCACAAAAACUGGUCCUCAUACCUGAGGAUGGUUCUGUCCCGCCGACUAGAGGUGCAUUAGAGAGAAGAGAACAGCCAACAUUUGUCAAGCGAAACCCAACUGAGAGGAUACCAAAGAGCAGCAGAGAUCACAGGUUGUCCCGGAUAACCGCAUAUAACCUAGCAGAAGGGUUUAACCUGAAAUUGCUGUCAAAGUUUCUCAAGUCUACACACGAAGUCAAGCCUAGACUUUACGAUGAAUGUUUAUACAUCGCUUAUACAUUGCCAUUGUUGCCAGGGAAGGAUGGAUUCAGACUAAAAUCCAACGUAUCCAAGAAGGUUGUUGGUGGUAAAACCUUGAUUGAAAAAUUAAUUGAUACUAGUGAGCAAAGAGAUCACCAUUAUGAGUACUAUUCUGGUGUAGAGACAUUAGAGGAUGCGAAUAACAAUUACGAGCUUGAUCCAACUAGUGUUGACAACGAAAAUAAUAACAAUAGUAAUAAUAAUCCAGCAGAUUCGUUUGAUCCAAGUGAGCCACAAUAUUUUGCAGAAGAGACACCAAAGGAACAGCUAGAAAGGGAACGCUCUGAAAGCUUACAUAUUAAUCCGGGAAGUAAGCCGAUAGCGGUAAAUGCCGAUGAAGAUCAACAUGCUGAAAUUUUUGUAUUUCACUAUGGUGUUAUUGUGUUUUGGAAUUUUACUGAGGAGGAAGAAAAGAAUUUAUUAGGUGAUAUCGCGUUCUCUGACUACAAGAAUCUAGUGAUAAGGCCCUUAGAUGAACAAGAUAUUGAGAUAGAGCAAUUUCAUUUUGAAUAUGACAAGGAUACGGAGAGACCCAGAAUUUUCAACGAUAUCAUUACAUUGAGAUCAGGGGAUCACAUUAUAGAAUUAACUUUGUCCCAUGCAAUUGCUCAAUCUUCGAAACUUUCUAGAUUUGAAUCAAGAAUUUCUCCCAUUCUAACCACUGUUACUAGACUUCCAAAAAGAUUGGCACUGUAUGGUACAUUGGGUCUGAAAAGAGAACAGUUAAUUAAAAAAUCGGGAAAACUGUUCAAGUUGAGAGUUGAUGUCAACUUGUCGUCAAGUGUUUUAGAUACUCCAGAGUUCUUUUGGUCAUUUGAGCCAAGUUUGCAUCCGCUGUAUGUUGCCAUGCGGGAAUAUCUUGAAAUCGACCAAAGGGUUCAAGUACUAAAUGAUAGGUGUAUGGUCUUUCUCGAAUUUUUUGAUAUAUGUGUCGAUUCUAUAGCUGAGAGAAACAUUGUGCGCGUUACGUGGUGGUUCUUUGUCGCUAUAGUAAUUACGGUGAUAUUUUCAUUGAUUGAAGUUUUCAUCAGAUAUCUCAUUAUUAAUCGACUCAAACACUAG